AGUGUGUAAAGAGCUAAUCUCCUGAUACUGAUCUCCAGAAUCAGAAUUUCAGCACCACGAUGAGCCGAAAGCUCCGCACAGAGGACAGGACAGGCCCUGAAAGACCAAAAAAACGUCAGAAGAAAAUGAAAGACAGGAAAAAGCACGGAGACAACCAGGCCUCAGACAAUCAUCAGAAGGGCACCUCUUCUGAGCUUCCAACUGAAUACAAGAAUCAGAAUUUCAGCACCACGAUGAGCCAAAAGCACCACGCAGAGGAUAGGACAGGCCAUGAAGUACCAAAAAAACAUCAGAAGAAAAUAAAAGAUGGGAAAAAGCAAGGAGACAACCAGGCCUCAGACAAUCGUCAGAAGGGCACUUCUUCUAAGCUUCCAACUGAAUACAAGGUGUUUAAUGACCCAAUCCAUGGUCACAUUGAGCUCCACCCCCUGCUGGUGAAGAUCAUCGACACUCCUCAGUUCCAGAGACUACGAUACAUUAAACAGCUGGGAGGAGCAUACUUUGUGUUUCCUGGAGCUUCACACAACCGCUUUGAACACUCCAUAGGUGUUGCGCAUUUAGCAGGCUGUCUCCUUAAAUCUCUGAGGGACAAACAACCAGAACUAAAUAUCACUGAAAAAGACAUCCUGUGUGUUCAAAUCGCUGGCUUGUGCCAUGACUUGGGUCACGGCCCAUUUUCUCAUCUGUUUGACAACUUGUUUAUAGCAAAGGUCCGUCCUGAACGGAAAUGGAAGCAUGAGACUGCGUCAGUGCAGAUGUUUGACCACCUGGUGGAGAAGAAUAAUCUGCAGGCUGUGAUGAAGAAAUAUAACCUCCAUGUUGAGAAGAAUGAUGAUGACCUCAUAUUUAUCCAAGCACUAAUUGACUCCUCUGGCUCACAAGAUACAAAGUACAAACAUGAACGUAGAGAGGAUUUCUUGUAUGAGAUUGUGGCAAAUAAGAGAACCGGUAUUGAUGUGGAUAAAUGGGAUUAUUUCGCCAGAGACUCGUAUCACCUGGGCAUCCCGAACAGCUCAGACCACAACCGUUUCAUCAAAUUUGCCCGAGUGUGUGAGGUCGAGGGGAAGAAGUUCAUCUGUGCCAGAGACAAGGAAGUCCAUGAUUUAUAUGAGAUGUUUCACACAAGACACUGUCUACACCGCAAAGCCUAUCAGCACACUGUGACCAAAAUAAUCGAAGAAAUAGACUCAUCAGACCAGAGACUGGAGGACUCCACUAUGACUUCCAGCUGGAUAAUGGAAGCCUUGGAGAAGGCCAAUCCUCACAUUGAGAUCAAGGGAUCCUCCGGAAGGAUGUUCAAAAUAUCAGAGACCAUAGAUGACAUGGAGGCCUACACCAAGCUCACAGACCACAUUUUUGAGCAGAUUCUGUACUCCUCUGAUCCAAACCUGGCUGAAGCGCAGUCCAUCCUGGAGAACAUCAUUCACAGACGCUUGUAUAAGUUUGUGGGACAAACAAGACCUCAAAAAAAUCUUACAGGGUCAAAGGAAGACUUGGAAAAGAUACGCCAACAAUUGGCUGAGUCCAGACCUGAUGGCACUGAUGUUGAACUAAAGCAUGAAGAUUUCAUUGUCAAUGUAUUUGCUAUAGAUUAUGGCAUGAAGGACAAAAACCCCAUGGACAACGUCUAUUUCUACAGAAAGACUGACCCCACCGAAGCCAUUGAAAUCCCCAAAGAAGAGGUGUCCAUCCUGCUGCCUGAAACCUUUUCUGAGAAACGCAUCAGAGUUUAUUGUAAGCAACCAGAUAAACUGGAAGCUGCAAAGAAAUACUUUGAGCAGUGGUGUAAGAAGAAGAACUUGACACCACAGGGUUCUGGAGCCACAAAUAACUGAUGUAACUCAUGACUGAUUCUAAAGCCAAGGGGAGUGGAGGAGCUGGAGAAACCAGACAUCUGGGAAAAACAGCAUUGAAGCAUCAUCGCCCCCUGCUGGCAGAGCAAAUGGAUCUAUAUGUUAUUUAUCAAACAAUCCUCCUGUUAGGCAUUUAACCUGCUUACAAAGUGAUUUUUUUUUUUUUUUUUAAGGACAAACAACUGGUGUGUAUCCCAGAUUCUGAAAAAAACUUUGGUCACAUAUCAGUCAGAGGAUAUGAAAUCAUAUCGUAUCACAGCAGUGAUUCAGGGGUCAAAUCCCAAACUGAUCCUUUAAGAACAGAAAUCAUGUGGAAGCAUCUUUUGUUUUGUCCUUUUUCUGAGUUUAAUAGAUGAGCAUUAAAAAGCGUUUUUAUAUGUGUUAGUUUAUCCAGAUUAUAAACCAGAGUUUGGUGAAGGUUUGGGAGGUGUAUCUAAUCAGGGUUUGAAUAACUAAUCACUCUUAAACUAGGUAGCUAAGUAUUUAAUAAUCAUUAAAAUAUCUCAAGUUUUAUAUGAAGAAUCUGGCACUGAUUACACUUUUUAUUUGAUUUUUUGUUUGUUUGUGUGUCUGUGUGUGAUGGUGGAAUUUUGGGACAUUUUAAUCAGGACUUUUAAACUUAUCAUAGCAUUAUCUUAUUUUGGUUUUGUGUUUUAUCGUCAUGUCAAACUGCAGCUGCAUGAACUGGGUUCAUAUACAGUGGGGUCCUAAAGUCUGAGACCACACUGAAAUUACAUUGGUGUUUGUUUCAUGAAGAAGUGGAAGGGAUAAAUUUCAGCAAAUUUGCAAUAUGGUGAUACUGAAGGUUAGAUAUGCCUUGAGAUUUAUCCCUUCCACUGAAGAACAUGUUCAGAUGACACUCCCAUGAUUCUGAUCGAACAUAAAUCAUCAGGUUUUACACAAACUUUUGGACUCCAUGCCAGCUCAUGUGCAAACUGUCAUUAAAGUGAAAGGGAGAAGUACCAAACUGAAUAAAUUUCCCAAAACAAAAUUUUACUUUCACUCAGGUUAUUACUAAAAUUUGCAUUUAAACAUUUUGCAUUUGAACUUUUUUUUUUUUGCAAAUUUGUAAACCUUGGAAAAUAGAAGCAUUUUUUAUGAGACUUUUGGACUCCACUGUACAUGUAAAAUUACACAGACAUGCGUGAUGGUGAAUACACACACUUUCAUUACCUGUUAGCUGCAUUAACCUCGUAUCUCCACUGUGUUUAGGGUAAAGAGGAAACUUUAGUUAUAGUCAAAAUACUGCUUUACAAAAUUAAUUUUUCUUUGUUUUUUGUUUCCUUUCCACAUUUCACCUCCUCAUGUAACUUCAUUUAUUUUCCUGUACUGACUUUCUGACCUGUAAGACUUUUUAUUGGGUGUA